AUGCCAUCUGCUGCGAACUUGUUUUUUAUCCUUCUACUGGACUGUGUGGUUUCCAAUAUGGCUAUUACCUCAGAACGUCGCUUAACCAAUGGUGGGCCACUGUUGGUUCUACUGCGAAGCUGGGGCAAAGACACAUCACCCCCUUUAAAGGAGGGCUGGGGAAAGAAAGCAGCAGCCCUGGCGGUGGAACCAGAGGCGGCCGAGAUCCCACCAAUGCCCCUUCCCCAGAUCAUGCUCCCACGUAACGUGACGGCAGACGCCCUGAAACCUCCGCUGGGGGCCGCACAGGUAGCGCCACCUCCACGCCGACUGGUGGACGUUGAUGUGUGUCGGGGCUACUAUGACGUCAUGGGCCAGUUCGACAACACCUUUAACUGCACCAAGGACACCUACAUCUACUGCUGUGGUACUUGCCACUUCCGCUUCUGCUGUGAGCAUCAGCGCAACCGUCUGGAUCAAGACUCCUGCACUAAUUACAACUCGCCCGUCUGGGCGAACACACAGGUACCUGCUACUCAGCCCCCGAGCCGUUCGGACCCAGACUUCGACCCGCUGCAGCACCAGAACAACAAUACAGCUUACGUCAUCGGUGGUGUCAUCUCUUUCACGGUGGCUGUAGCCAUCGGGGUCAAAGUGGCUUUUCGGAAGGUUUCUCGUAGACCCAGAAACCGAGACAUCAACAUGCCGAGAGCAUUGGUUGAAAUCCUGCGUCAUCAGUCAAGCCCAAUACAGCACAGUGAGAGGAACAAUAGCACCAUCCUGACUACCGCCACCAGCAGCAAGGGCGCUUUAGGACGGCAAUCCAAAAACCAGUACACACCUAUCCUCCAGAGCAAAGAUAACCGAAUUGGAAAACACAAUUUAAUCCAGUCUGGGUCAAGUCCCAAACACACAGCUACUAUCGAGCGUGUACCACGAAUAAACAAUGCCCAGCUGUCCUCCACUGCAAAUCUGCUUUCCAGCAAGACCAGCAACACGGGUCCUCAUCCGACCUUCUCUCACUCCUUUCACAACCUGGCCCAGCUCCCACCAACAUAUGAAGCUGUUAUGAAACCUGAGAUUAACCGCUAUUCCUCUCUCAAGAGACUAGAGAAAGAGCUGGAUGAUAUAACAGGUUACUAUACCUCGAAGCGACGAUCCAACAAUGCACCACCCUCCUUUCACUCCUCUCAGCAUCACCUGCCAUGGGGAGGUGAUUACACCCUAGAUGCAAGGGGCACGUUGCCGUUGCACUCAUCCCGACCCCGAAUAUACGUACCUACAUCUACCUCCACACCAAACCCUUACCCUUUACCACAGACACCAUACAGUCCCACCCUUGAGACAGCGAGCCAGCCUCCACGCCGUGUGAUGUCUCAAGACCAGCUGCUGGCCCUGGGAGAGGGAAACGCUCUCUCCUACCUCUCCAAGAAUCAGCAGCACCAGUACUACAAAGCCAUGACCACCAGCAAAAGUUCCAACUCCCAGACAAUACGAAAGUCCCACGAACGCCUUCCCGUGUCACCGAGUUACCUAGACGAAAGGAUGAUGAUGGGCAGAAUGCGUGACUACGGUGGCAUGGUGUCCCCCGUAUCUCACCUCAGCCACCACAAGAAAGCGCAGUCCCAGCUGAACGUCUGCGUGACCCCCUCGCUCGACCGGCACCACAUGAUCAAGAUGAACUCGCACCCGACCUCCGGCUGCGAACAGGAGCGGGGUGUCCCCGGCAUGUCCGCCGCUCACGGGACUACCGCUCUGAAUUGGGGGGAGGGGCCUGGCUCUCUGGGCGUAACGGUGGGCCACAGUGCCCGCAGGAUGGCGUUCGCUACCAAGCGACAGAACACCAUCGAACAGCUGCACUUCCUCCCUGGGGGUGGCGGGGGAGGGGGAGGCAGUCAAGCAUUGUGGACAGGGAGUAAGAAUGAAGUCACUGUGUGAGGGAGGAUUAAGAAGGGAGGUAGAAAGGGUUGUUAGAAAGAUGAUAUGCAUUUGCUCAGACAGAAAGCAGGCAUAGUACUUUGAGGCGGAGGUCUAGGUAAGAGUUAGAAUGCGGGAUGGAACAUGGAACAUGAUUGGAUUGAUGGGAACCUCAGAGAUAGAGUAAGGCAGAACAUGAGGAUGCAAUCUGGGGAUUCAUUUGACCCCCGGGGUGCUUGCUGCUUAGGACAGGGGCGGACAAACCCUUGUGAAAUAAAAGCAUUUUCAGAUGGAACUUUAGAUGAAGGUCGUCAGUUUUACUCAUCUAUGUAUGCUGUAUAUAUUCAAUUUCGGAGGCAUUUGCAUCUACAUUUGAGCCAUAUGUUUAGAUUCGAAAGCAAAAAAUGUAAAAAGAAUAUUACAUUGAGGCUUCCUUCAUAGAGAAACUUUUCUAAAGAGUACGUAUUCUCACUAAUUUGUAUUGCUAUCUUGGUGAGAGAACAUGAUAAAUGAUCAAAUUUGACUAUAACUUGAAGGUGGAAGCUUUGAGUACUGGUGGCCUGACUGUAAUUUCAUGAAUUUUCUUACUAUAAUGCAAACUGUUUAUAUGAACAAGGUGUCCCAUGAAUAAUGCUGUGACCUUUAAUGGAUAAAGACGUUUUUUGAAACGCAAAUAAUGUGAAUUCAGAAAUACACUGUACAGUUUUAUUUGGCUUAAAAUAAGAAAGAUGCUAUGAGGAAUUGUAAUGCUUCUGUAUCGUAAUAUGACUCUUUAAAUUCAGAGUCUUGGCACUGUUAUCAUGUUGUUUUUUAACAGUUAUUUAGAUGAUAUGACAGUACUGAACUUGACAGUAUUUUAUCAGCCUAUAUUAACGCUGUGAGUAGUAUUGAAGUUGUUUUACUAUAUUGGCAGGGUUGGGCAGCAAUGGAAUACAAGCAUUCAGAAUACAUAUUCAAAAUGCAAACAAAACAUCUGUAUUGAUGAUUUAUUAUUACAUUUAGGGCAGACCAUUUCUGUUUGUUCUUUGUUUUUUAGUCAGUAAAAUUAUUUAGAAAUUAAACUAAUAAAACACG